AUGGUUUCCCUGAUGACUGGUCUGUGGCGGCUAAUCAUUCCCAUGAUUGUCCUCUCACACUUCUCAGCAUCCCUUCCACUGCACGAGAGGUAAGCGACCAAGAGACACGCUGACAGGCUCUUCCACAGUGAGCUCAGCAAGAUGAAUGACAAUGCCUAUGUGCAGCAGCUAGCCAAGCACCCAGUGGGCCUGAAGGAGAGGUUCCAAAGACAUUCAGAUGGGCUCUUUACCAGUGAAUACAGCAAGAUGAGAGGAAAUGCUCAGGUUCAGAAGUUCAUCCAAAACCUCAUGGGCCGGAAGCGCAGCUCUUUGGGCUCAGUCAAUGCCGAUGUGAUGGGCAGAGAGGAGGAGAAAAGCCAUGAGGAUCAUUGCUUUAUGUGGCUGUACCAGAGCUUUCUGAAUGCCAGCCGCUCAAGCAGUGAUGCCAGGGAAGCUGCCGCACUUACCAGCCAGUACAUCUGCCCUAUCUCCAAGCAGCUGGUGGCAGAGAUGAAGGAAAAUGGGGACAGUUUUGACUAG